CGCACUCAUCAAGUUCUCAAAUUCAAAGCAUUAGUACGUAGCCAACACCCAGCAGUAGCAAUGGUGGAGAUCUUUAGGAAGACCGUCGAGAAAAAUGAGAUUGAGAGAAGAAAAUUGAAGCUUCGCGGUUCAGAAUUUGACAAACUUCCAACUGGGGCGUUCGAGGUUACAGAUAAUCAGAGUAAUAGAACAUGGAGCUGUUACAGAAAAUCGUCCAAUGGUCAGUACUAUCUCCAUGUUGAAGAAUGGGAUCAUUUUGUGAAAAGAAUUGAAGGCAGCAGGAAGAUCAGCCUUCACAAAGAAGAUGAUCAUUUCAGCCAGGGACCUCCGUCAUACGAAUUUAAAGACUGAAAUUGAGAAAGUGGUUGUUCAUAUUUUUAUACUUGCUUUUAAGUAUUUCCUAGUUAAGUGUCUUUUUAGAGAAUAAAAAAUGUUUUUUUCA